AUGUUUAGAAAACUAAGAUCAGUUUUUUCUAGACCAAAAUUAGCACCUGCAGUAACAGAUGGCAAGAAUGAAGAUGCCCCUCCACCAUCUAAGGCAUCAGCAGGCCAGGAUGAAAAUAAAACAACAAAUGAACCACAGAAAGAAGAGGCCAAUAAUAAAGCAGAACCAGUAUCAAAGCAACAAGCUACAGAAACAACAAAAGCACCAGAGCCUUCAAAAACUGAAAACUCAACUGAACCAACUAAGACAACUCAACAGGAAAACCAGCAACUCAAAGAUGGGAAAGAAGAAGCUAACACACAGAAGCCAACACCUUCAGAUUUCCAGAGAAAUGAGUAUGCUGAGGCCCAACUUCAAGAGAUUUUAAAAAAAUUACGGGAAAGGGCAACUGUCUAUAAGGAAAAGCUGAACGACCCAGUGCUGUCUUCACCUGAAGGCAGUCCUACAGCUUAAGAAAAAAAAGAGGAGGCAGAAGUAAAGCCAGAGGAGGAUCAUUACUGUGAUAUGCUAUGCUGUAAAUUCAAAAAACCUCCACUGAAAAAAUAUAUGGAGAAACUGCAGCUACCAGACACCAUAGACUCUUACACAGAUCGCCGUUACGUGGGAUGGCUCAUGCUUGUGACAAUCGCCUAUAAUUGGAAUUGCUGGUUUAUUCCCCUUCGCUAUGUGUUCCCAUAUCAAACCCCAAGUAACAUAAUAUAUUGGUUUGCCAUUGAUGUCAUUUGUGAUAUCUGCUACCUCUGUGAUUUACUGAUUUUCCAGCCCCGAGUGCGAUUUAUAAAAGGGGGAGAUAUAAUAACAGACAAAGUGGAAACAAAGAAAUUCUACCGCAGCUCUGUAAAGUUUCAGCUUGAUGUGAUAUCAGUAUUGCCAUCUGACAUUUUAUACUUCUUCUUUGGAUUUAAUCCAGCACUUAGAGUAAACAGGAUGCUAAAGCAUAACACAUUCUUUGAGUUUAAUGAUCGAUUGGAAGCUAUUAUGGAAAAAGCAUACAUCUACAGGGUCAUUCGAACAACUGGAUACUUGCUGUUUAUCUUACACCUCAAUGCAUGCCUCUAUUAUUGGGCUUCAGACUAUGAAGGAAUUGGCUCCACUAGAUGGGUGUAUGAUGGUGAAGGAAACAUGUAUCUGAGGUGUUACUACUGGGCAGUUCGCAGCCUAAUCACCAUCGGGGGCCUUGCAGAACCACAAACACUGUUUGAGAUAAUCUUUCAACUGCUAAAUUAUUUCAUGGGUGUCUUUGUCUUCUCCAGUUUAAUUGGUCAGAUGAGAGAUGUAAUUGGAGCAGCAACAGCAGGACAGAACUACUUUCGUUCCUGUGUGGACAAUACUGUCUCCUAUAUGAACACUUAUUCUAUUCCAAGAUUGGUCCAAAAUCGUGUUCGAACUUGGUAUGAAUACACAUGGGACUCUCAGGGAAUGCUGGAUGAAUCAGAAUUACUGGAGCAGAUGCCAACAAAAAUGCAGUUAGCCAUUGCAAUUGAUGUGAACUUUGCCAUUGUCAAUAAAGUGGACUUAUUCAAAGGCUGUGAUACCCAGAUGAUAUAUGACAUGCUGCUAAGGUUGAAAUCCAUUGUGUAUCUACCUGGUGACUUUGUCUGCAAAAAGGGAGAGAUUGGCAGAGAGAUGUACAUCAUCAAACAGGGUGAAGUUCAAGUCCUUGGAGGUCCUGAUGGUACAAAAGUACUGGUUACACUAAAAGCAGGAGCUGUAUUUGGGGAGAUCAGCCUACUUGCUGCAGGUGGAGGAAAUCGAAGGACUGCCAAUGUGGUGGCUCAUGGUUUUGCCAACCUUUUCAUUCUGGACAAGAAAACACUAAAUGACAUCUUGAGGCACUACCCUGACUCAGAAAAGCUUCUCAUGAAGAAAGCAAAGGUGCUGCUGAAGCAGAAGGGGAAACCUCCUCCAGGACCACCAGUGCCUCAACCACGAGGCUUGGCCAGUCUCUUUGGGCAGAAACAAGAAACUCCAAAAUUGUUUAAAGCAAUGCUUGGAGCAAAAGGAAAAGAUGGCCUUGCUAAGCUGCUGCAGCUGAAGAGACAACAAGAAGCUGAG